GAUACAUCAAACGCCCUGAUGAUUCUUCGAUGAUGGUAAAACACGUCGCAAAGUCAUCCGCAACCACCAUCCACAAUCUCUAUGAAAGCACCCGUCAAGAUGCCAAAGCUUGGCUCAUUGGAGUUCGCGCUGAAGGACUCGCUCAGUCUCGACGACCGCGAAUGGAUGUUCGAGAAGCUCAACGAAGAAAAGCUGGUCAAGUCCAUCGCUCUGGUCACGAGAGAGACCAACCAAAGAAUGGUACUCCGUUUUGCCACACAAGAAGCUACUCGCGCCACGGGUGUUCACCCAUUGGACAAGUUCAUCAUGUUAUCCGUGGCCGACUUUCGUCCUCCUCCGGGACUGAAGAGCCAACUCACUGGCACUCGUCCGUCAACAUUCCGGGAGCACACCGAUUAUGUGGUUCGCUUGCUACGGGCUGGUGUCACGCUGCAAGGAGAAUCAUACCAUUUCUAUGGGCACAGCAAUAGUCAGCUGAAAUCCAGGACCUGCUUCAUGUUCGCAGCGUCCAAAGACGACAUCAGUAAGAUGGUCGAAUCGCUCGGGGACUUUACCAAGAUGAAGACGGUCGCCAAGAAGGCCAAACGAAUCGGCCUCCUGUUCUCCGCUGCACAGGCUGUUCUCCAGGUCGACGAGGGGCGGUGCGAGGACAUUCCCGACAUUGAAGCCAACGGCUAUACUUUCACGGAUGGAUGUGGCUUGAUGUCUCCUUGUUUUGCAAAGGACGUGUCCCGUCGAAUGCAACUCACCUUUCGCGCAAAGCGUUAUUCACCUUCGGUUUUCCAAAUUCGUUAUCGUGGGUAUAAGGGUGUUGUCACAACAGACCCAACGAUGCGGAGCCGAGCAACUUGGCUUCGAAUGCGCAAGUCGAUGAAGAAGUUCAGCGGCGGCAAGGACCAUUCAUUCUCUGUUGUCGAAUACUCGAAACCAUACGUCUUUGGCCACCUGAACGACGAAGUUGUGGUCCUACUUCACGCUCUCGGGGUCAGUCGGGAUGUUCUGCUUCGCAAACAACAAGAUCAUCUCAACUUCCUGGACGAGGCGAAUAGAGAUGCGCGACAGGCAUUUCGUUUUCUCUGCUACGUUGCGCGGCCCGACCUGGCCGAAAAGUUGCUGGUGACCUCGUUCGAAGCGAUGCGAUCGCAAAUCCAAGGUCUGAUUCAGUCAGAGUAUGGCAAGAUGCUCAACAAGCGUGGCGAGCAGCGCUGCCGAAUUCUUGUCCCUCAGUCGCGUCUCCUCUUCGGCGUUUGUGAUGCCUGGGGUGUGCUGAGAGAGGGCGAGUGUGCCGUCAAGAUCACCAAAGAUGGCGACGGUCUUCCCUACGCACUGAAGAACAUGGAAAUUCUUGUCACGCGCAAUCCUUGUCUCCACCCUGGCGACUUGCAAAAGUUCAAGGUGGUUGAGCACACCGCCCUCUCUCAUCUUGUGGAUUGUAUCGUCUUUCCUGUCCAAGGAAGACGUCCUUCAGCCGACAUGAUGUCUGGCGGUGAUCUCGAUGGCGACACAUUCUUCGUGUGUUGGGACAGCGAUCUAGUGCCAACCACUCUGUCUCAACCAGCCGAGUAUCCUGGUGCGAAAGAACCAAUCAAGUUCAAGCCCAUCACCGACGAUGACAGACUGCUCUAUUUCGCCAAGUACUCGAAUGCGUCGUUGGGAAGAGUCAAGAAUCUCUAUCUGGAUUGGGCCAAAGUGAAAGGACCCAUGGCACCCGAGUGCCAGGAGCUCAAUCGGUUAUUCUCACAAUGCGUUGAUGGGAACAUGAUCAAGGUCCCACCACGACUCGAAGCGACACCUCUAGCAACUCCAGAAACCAAAAAGUUCAUUCUGGAUGAGCUACACGAAGCAGCGACCAGCAGCAUCUCACUCCCCAGGAUGAAGUCGGUGAAUCUGGAUGGCGUAGCUCUGGACACUCUGGAGCUCUUACUCUGUCGCGAUGACCUAGCCACCACCGAGUUUGAGCUUCUUGAAAUGACUGCGCGGUGGUGUCGCAGAAAUGGAUCACAUCUGGCUGACUUCUUGCCUUACUUCGACAUGAACUCUCUAUCGACUGAGCAGAAGCACUGGAUCCUCUCUGCAGUGCCACAACUUCAGUGGCUGCCUAGCAUCGUUCUCAAUGGUCUAUGCUCAUCCAAUAUAUUAUCGCAGGGCGAGUUGACGUUCCACAAGCUCGACUAUCACCAGCUCGGGUGGAAGAAG